AUGUUGCGUAUAAGCAGACACUUAGUCUCUGGGAGGGCCGUCAUAAGAAGCCAGCUUGGAACAGGUGGAAAAUAUCAUGUGACCACCUCACGAUUCCUGUGUACAAGUGAAGACGCUGAUAAAAAUGUCAUCAAGAAGUACACAAUCCCUGGUGACUCCUCCGUAUCCCAUGAUGCACUGGGCUCACGUACGGAAAUGGUUUCCCACAACAAGGUUGUUAUCAUGGAUCUCGGGUCACACAGCACUCCAAACAACAGUGAGAAGACAGUGCCAUCUAGUGAGGAAUAUGUGACAACGGAAAUAUAUGAAAAUAUAACGUCACAGAGUGGUGUGACAUCAGAUACUGGUGUGACAUCACAGAGUGGUGUGACAUCACAGAGUGGUGUGACAUCAGAUGCUAGUGUGACAUCACAGAGUGGUGUGACAUCAGAUGCUAGCGUGACAUCACAGAGUGGUGUGACAUCAGAUACUAGUGUGACAUCACAGAGUGGUGUGACAUCAUCCACUGCCACAGCAGAUUUAGACAUAAAUGAUACAGAUGUGGCAUACUCAAAUAGAGCAACAGAUAUAAAGGAUUCAAAUUCCAUGUUGGAUUCUGAGGAUUCUUGUACAGAUACAGUGAUAGGAACAGAAGCAUUGACUCUAACGCCAACAGAAACUGAUGAUUCAUGGGUAACAGCACCAGUGCAUGAUGGGAAGGAUAAGGACCAGUUACAAUCCAACUCAGAGCUGGAUUCUGAGCAGUAUGAAAGUUCUGGCACAGAAAUGCCCAUGCCUGUGGUACAGGACACUGAAGUGACGCAUUAUCAGACAACAACCAAAUACAAGCCUAAGUCGGAGUGGUUGCUGAGUCAGCUGAAGAAGUCAGGAUGUGAGGUACCCCAGGACAAAGCUGUGUUUCGGGCGCUGGCGUUCUCCGAGUAUCAACAGAUCCUGACCAGGUACAUGGAGAAACGGCCAGUGAGGGGAGACCAUAGUGGAGAAACAAAAAGAAAGAUGGGAGAGAGAAAGCGCGACAUUCAAAAUCUUUACACAGGCAAGUUUGUCUCUUUUGUUCCAUUUGUGAAUGAGUCGGUGCUGCUUCAGAAGCUGC